AUGUUCACUUAUUUUAGUUUAAAAGACAUCUUUGUCAGACUUUUGUCUCAGAAACCCUUAGCUAUUCAAAGACGUCUAAAUUUUAUUACGCAUAAUACAGAGAAGGCAGAGAAGCCAAUAAAAACCAUUGUAGUUGAAGAUAGUGAAGAGAUAGUAAAUACGAAAAAAAGCUACAUAGUUGACGAUACAGAAGAUAAUCAAACCAGUUGUUACUUACAACAAAGAUAUGGUGUUUCAGAAAAGUUUGAAAUAUUAACAUUACCACAUGCCAUACAAGCUGAAGGUAUAACAUUUGGAGUAUUCUGCCUUAAGUUUGCUGAAAGUUAUACAAAUGGAGAAGUAUUGGUGCGUGUCUUUCCACAUGAAGAAGUUAAUGCAUACAGAAAGAGAGAUAAAGGAGAUCAAAUGUGAUAUAUGCAUUUAAAUCGAUGGUACUGUAUGACAUGCAUUGUUUUUAGAAAUGAAACUUUAUUUUGUUGUGCACAUAUUUAUAUACGAAUGUAUUAAAUAUAUAUAUUAAAUAAUAAAUGAAACUUUGAAAUUGCA